AUGUCUACUGACACCGAACAUUUGGGCCAGACGGAACAAGUCACAGAGAGUGACAAUGGACUCCUGGUGGUAUCUUCUUCUAGAUAUUUGGGGCGCCACUCCGCAGAAGCGUUUCCAAGAGUUCUGGGUCUACAGUUCCAAGCACAAGUCCUUCCACGACUCCAACCAUUUGCUUGGAACCUGGAAGUCAGAGAAACGCCACCCUGCAAAGUUAAAGGGGCCAUCUGUUCUUUGAUUACUUUGGAAGCAACGCAAAAGCAACUGAGAUCUUUCUUUUUCAGUGACUUCCCAGCGUGCGGUUUCCUUGAUCUACAAGAUCUCACUGCACGCUGUGAGAAACAUUGGCUUGGCCACGACCAAGGGCUGCCAUUUGAGGCUUUGAUCAGUGGAGUUAUUGGACUAGCUUCUGUGCUCGAUAAUGCCAUCAAUGUUCAGCAGGAAGCCGACAUCAUUCAACAUGCAGAAAAUAUACUGAAUGAUCCGGUAAUCUUGUCCGAACCCCAUGUCGAGGUUUUGGCUGCGAUAGUCUUGCGUGUCCUCUAUCUGCGUGCCACAACUACUCCUCAUGUUACUUGGCUCCUGAGUUGCACUGCGAUGCAUAUGGCCGAAUCGCUUGGACUUCAUAAGGACUAUGAGUCGAAUGUCGGGAAACAUCACAACACGGCCAAUCAAUGGGAUAAUGAUGCUAUAUCAUGCAUGUUCUGGAUUAUUUGCGCUGGGAAUCGCCUAGUAUCUCAUGAGCUUGGUCGAAGCCCCGUGGUCCUGCAUGGGGUAACACAGAAAUUCCCUUUUUCACCCUCAGAUACGGAUGGGGCGGCGAUCCUGUGUCGACUCGGUUGCCUAUUACCAGUAAUAGAUGCCGCUGACGGAGACCAGGAGCGUUCUAAACAGUCACUAGAUAUCAUAGCAAAAGCGGCAGGUGGUCACCCGUUCAUAAAGCUGAUCGCCGCAGAUGUGUGUUUCUGCCUUUACCGACGGAUUCAUGUCGGCAGCCACGGAAUCACAAAAGAGCAAUCCCAACAAGUGGUUUUGAUAGGCAGAGCAGCCGUGAAAGCUGCUAAUCAGCUUUUACAUAAAGGGAGACCGUGGUGGAACAUGCUCGGCACGCUAUUUCAAUUCUGCUGCGUUUUAAUUUCAAUGGACUCUUUGGACAGUCUCGCCGACCUGCGCUAUGCCAUGAAAACAAUCAACCUGAUCCAGGAUCGCUAUCCUGGGGAGAAGAAAGCACAAGCUCUUUCUACUCUGAAGGCUUUAAUUAUGGCAUCAAAGCAAAGAAAGCAAACGCAAAUAGCAUAUCUAUCAGCGGUUGACGAGCCCGAGGAAGCCUGUGUCAACAUUCAUGAUGAUUUUUCGCAGUCCCCUACGGACCUCACGUUUCCGGAACUCCCGUUCGAUAUUACUAGUUGGGGCAUGGAGGAUCUUGAUUGGAUGGCAGUUGAAGCGCCGCUAGGUCUAUGA